CAUCAGACAGUGAAAGCAGAGAGGUUUUGCACGCAUACAAUCUUAUCAGUGCACUUGCAGCCGUAGUUCAACAUUACAGUACGACUCCAAAUGAGCAGGUUGUACUGCAGAGCCUGCAGCUUCUACAGAAAAUGACUUACAAUACCAGAGUUUUUCAUUGUAGUGCAAAUAUUGAUAUACUGAUUGCGUUUCUGAUGAAACAAAUCCAAGCUCCAGAAGAUCAGCUAACUAUGCCAUGUCUUGGACUGAUGGCAAACCUGUGUCGUCACAACCGGUCUGUUCAAGCUCAUGUAAAAUCUUUGAAUCACUUAAAAGGAUUUUAUCGGUCUCUUAUUAAAUUCUUAGCUCAUAGUAGUUUGACAGUGGUGGUUUUUGCACUUUCUAUAUUGGCGAGCCUAACCCUCAAUGAAGAAGUUGGAGAAAAGCUGUUUCAUGCCAAGAAUAUCCAUCAGACGUUUCAGCUUAUAUUUAAUAUUCUGGUGAAUGGAGAUGGAACAUUAACCAGAAAGUAUACUGUAGAUCUUUUGAUGGAUCUCCUCAAGAAUCCCAAGAUUGCAGAUUUCCUCCAAAGGUAUGAGCAUUUUAAAUCAUGCUUGUGUCAAGUACUAGGUCUUUUGCGCGGUAAGGAUUCUGAUUCAGCAGCCAAGAUUCUUGAAUUGCUACUUGCCUUCUGUUCGGUGAGCAGCCUUAAGCAAAUAUUGUGUCAUGCAAUGUUUGAAACCUCUUCUGAGCAAAGAAUUACAGUAGCAAGCCUCACAUCACACGUUAAACCAUCCGAACCAAUUGUUACUCUUAUCCAAUGGUCAAGUCAACCACUAGAGAACACUGAGAGAUGUUCCUCGCUGGCUCUAGUUCUACUGAAGGAGCUAUUUGAGGAAAUGAUGGAUUGCACGCUUUGGACUACAGUUGCACCAUUUAUGGAGCUGCUUUUGCCUGUUAUCAUGGAGCAAUUACAGACUCCGAAUCAUGCUCCGGAGGACGCAUUAACAAAAAAAUAUUAUGAUAGAAUUGCAAAAAUUCUUGACAUUCUCUUAGUGCUGUGUGGAGAUGAUACAGUGACGUUGCAGGUUGCGAAGGUACUCACAGCCAGAAACUGUGUCUCGAUUCUGGAAUAUCAAUUCACGUACAAUAGAAUGGAAAUUGGUUACAGGAGCAAUAUUGCAGAUGUGGAGCUAUGUAAAAUAGGUGCAGAUGUUGUCUUGAAGACUCUUAGCCUUAUGAACAGACUCAAGCAGCUGGUAUCAAACAUGGAAGCCAGCUUUUAUAAGAUUUUGCAGGAUCAACGACUUGCUUCAUUUUUGUCGUUUGCUUUGACAUCCGAAAACAGAGAGCAAGUACAGUUUGCAUUAAAGAUCCUGUUUGAGGCAGCACCUUUGCCUGAUUUUCCUGCUCUAAUCAAACAAAAUAAGAUCCUUCAGGUCAGCAAGUUAAGCCUAACAACUCAACUUGGCUAUUACAUGAUUGGUGAAAUUUAGCUACGAUUCCAACCAGCAGUGUCUGUCCCUGGAAGUGCCCAAGAUUCAAUCCUUGCGCAGUGUUGUUCUUAGAAGUUCUGCUGCUGAGUUAUUCCGGUAUUGAAUUCUUAUGCAAUUUUCACAUGUUUCAGAUUUGUGAUGUGACAUUAUUGAUCCUUUAGAUUUUUUUCAUGUCCAACGUUGAUUCCACUUCUGGAGUCCUCAAGUCUGUAGCUUGCCUUCUUAUCAGAGGUAGCUCCCCUGAUCCUUGUUACAUUCAGCGUUGGCUGUCUGUUUGAAACAGCCUGUUCUACA